AUGCUGAAGCUCCUGGUGCUCAGUUGCGUGCUCACCGGCUUGGCUCAGAGUGCGGCAGACCAAAGGACGCUGGAGCAGGCGGACGCGCUCGUGGAGAAAUACUGUCCUGUUGAGGUGCCACCGAUCAACUAUGAGGAGGCCCGGAAGAAUCUGGAGCUCAGCGCGGGGAACGGCAACGUGGUCUAUGAUGCCCUGCUGCAGACAGCCAGCGCGGUGAAAGAUGGCGAGACGAAAGACUUGGUGAGCACACUACAGGAGACGGUGAGUCCGACUUUCGCAAUUCGCAAGGCUACUCCGCUUCUCAUGGCCUUGAUGCUCUGGAUAGUCUGGCAUUUCGCCUGCUGGUUUGUAUGUUGCCCGGGAUGCAUGAGGUGCUGUUGCUGCUGCUGUCAGAGGAAAUGCAGAUUUGGCAGAGCCAUUCCAUUCCAGAUCCUCCUCUGGACGAGCUUUCUGUUGCUCGCCGGGCUGGUGGUCGCCCUGUGUGCCAUGAGCGUCCUGGAGCACAAGGGCAUCGAGCAGGGCAUCCAAGGAACAGGCUGCUAUUCAGCCCAACUUCUCAAAGACACGGUUGCCGGCAAUCCAUCCCAAAACUUCGUUGGCCUACUUCCAGCCUACACGGCCUUGGACAACCUUUCACAGAGUUUGGAGCCGGGCUCCGCGUUUUUGGAGGACGUGCAGAGCGUCCUGAGCCAAACAGAGGAGCUGGAGCGGGCGGUAAACCUCGUGCGGGACAUGUUGGACUCCUUGCCGUUCCUCCUGGGGGAGCCAAGGAACCAGUAUCCGUUGGGCUACUACCACCACUGCGCGAUCUGUGCGCCCCUUGGCGCAUCUUUGGAUUCGCUGGUUCGCCUCUUUGACGAGGGUGUCGCAUUUGCCCUGAACGCGUUCAGAUCAGAAGUGGCGAGGCAGCUGGAUGAUGGCUCAUCGAUAUCCAAUCUGCGAAGCACCAUUCGGCAAACAAAAGAGCCAAUUGAGGUCAUGAAGGAUCAAAUUCUUGACCAGGUUGGCUAUUUUGUACGACAGGCCGACGAUGGGUUUGAGAAGGGCACCGAAGCCCUGGCGGGAGAGACUUCGGUCCUCUAUCCGAGCUUUAUGGUGGUUUUCGUUGCCAGCCUGAUCGUUGCGGUGCUUGGUUUCUUGGCUUUGGUGCUUUACAGCCUCUGGCACCGGGGCGGAGCUGCACCGGACCCGGUGCCUGUCUGCACAAGUAGUGCCGGUGCCAUGUGCGGAGCCUACAUCUUUGCCGGAAUCCUUUUCUUGAUUGGCGGCAUCCUGAUCCUCGUCUCCAUGGUGGGUGGGGGAGUUUGCCUGGCGAUGGUGGAUUUCGACCAGCAGUCAGGCGAGACUUUGUUGGAGUCCCUCAAUGUGCCUGUAGACGACACCGUCCGCAUGGCCCUGAACGUCGCAGAUCGCUGCAUGAGCUUGACGUCCGACAGCAAUUCCACCCGCAAUGUGGCUGACAUCAUCGAGCUCCCUGCGCUGUUUCCAACCUACGACGGUGAAACGGACACUGCGCGGCACUUGCUUGCGGAUCUCGUGGCUAACCAGAUUAACGGGGCGUACCUGGUGCUUGAAAUGGCCCUGGCUACUCAACCGAUACGGCUGGCGGACAAUCCCAUCCUGUCAACGGUUCGAAGCUAUCUGGGAAACGUCAACCUGAAGGCGAUGUAUUGGCCGUCGCCUGUGGACAUUGCAACGCAUCCGGUCUACCGCCUGAUGCCUCCAGGCUACUACGUUGUCAGCGCCUUGUGUGAUGAUCUCACACUACCAUCCCUCCUUCCAGCAGGGCUUUCUGACGUCAAAGUUCCCGGACUAAACUCCAUGGUCGUGGAUGGCUUCAGCACUGGCAGUGGGAUUCCCGUGGAAGGAAUGUUCCCGGAGCAGAAUGUGACGUGGGACUGCCCUGCAGUCUUGCAAGGCAACUGCAGCGCGUCGAACCUACAUGAAAGUGAGUGUGAAGCAGCAAAGGCCUUCCUGCUGGAGCGGAAGCUACCACUUCUCACAUUGCCGCUGUUUCGAUGCAGGUAUUUGCAGCAGCCUGGGGCGCCUGCUGGUACGAAAUGCGAUUUCGCAUCCAUGACCAAAGAGAACGGUACAUGGAUCAACAGCUGUGUGCAUCCCAACAACACAGUGACCUUCUUCGAGCAGGACUGCGACAUAUCAGAGUUCGAGGAAAACGUCCGGUCGUUCGACCUGUGGUUCUACAAGAUCUUCCAGUAUCUGGAUGACGUGGUCCAAGACCUCAUCCUCCAAAUCGCUCAGGAUCUGAAAGCCAUCGUCUACCUGCAUUUGGUCGAUCCAGUCUUCGACCUGCUUGACGGCUUUGACUGCUCCUUCAUGCAAAGCUUCUGGCGAGGCCUCACUGACUCUCUUUGCUUUGAAGCUGUGAGCAGUGUUCAGGUGGUGGCCAGCUACUACGUGUGGGCGGCCAGCUUCUCUUUGGCCAUGGUGCUUGUACUUUAUGUUGCCUGGCGAAUCUCAAGGGACACGACUGAUGCUUUCGAAAAUUCGCUGACCUUCCCGACGAGAGCCAGAGACUGGCGAAACAAAGUGAAACAGAGGGUUGGCUACCAGACCUCUGAAAACCCCACGGGAGCUACAGCCUCAACCGCUCCCGCCGAAGCUCAAGCAACCACAGCUCCAGGACUCUCGCUCUGA